AUGGUGAGCCUGAAAGGACUCAUCGUUGCUAAAGCUCCCGCCACAGCAAAUACUCCCAGAGCUCAUGGAUUCAACCCGUUUGCGUUUGAAUGUCUUCGUGAUAUCGGCCUUGAGGACGCGACACUUGACCGGGCGACACGUGGUCCUGCGUACCAAUCCCUACGUUGGUGCCGCAGUAUGGUGGGUGAGGAAUAUGCUAGAGUGCUUGGAUUUGGCGGACAUCCCGCGAGUAUGGCCGCCACCGCAACCAUCUCCCCAUGCGAGUAUGUUGACCUGGCACAAUCCAAUCUUGAACCAAUCCUGCUUCAGUAUGCAUCGCAACACAACUUCCCAGUGCGCUUCUCAUCAGAGUUGAUCAACGUCGAACGCCGCACGGAUGGCACCGCCAACGAUCCGUCAACCAUCAUCUGCACUAUUCUCGACCACGUAAGCCAACAGACUUACAUUAUUCGCACCCGAUACUUGUUUGGUGCCGACGGAGCCCGCAGCUAUGUCGCCCGUGCGCUCGACUUUAAGUUCAUCCACAAGCCUACCGGAGGAAAUGCAUGUAAUGUCUUCUUCCGCGCAGACCUCGGACAUGUGCUACACGAGGGACGUCUUGCAGGACUUCAUUGGAUCUUACAGCCCGACCGCACCAUAUUCCCAGGCGUCGUCGCCCAUUUUCGCGUGGUCCGACCCUCAAAGGAAUGGGUCAUGGUUUGCUUUGGACCCGGAGGAAAGAAUCCCCUCGAAGGAAUGACAGCCGACAGCCCAGAGAUUGUUAAGCUCGUGCUUGCACUUAUCGGCGACGCCUCUGUGACGAUCGACAUCCUUGCCGUGGAUCCUUGGACCAUACGUGAAAGCGUUGCCGAGGAAUACCAUCACAGUGGAAGUAAUGUGUUUCUUUUGGGUGAUGCAGCACACCGACAUCCGCCUGCCUUUGGUCUCGGGCUAAACACCGCCAUCCAGGAUGCGUAUAACCUAGCCUGGAAAGUUUCAUAUGUCUCCAGACGGUUAGCAGGUCCCAGCCUACUAGAUUCAUACAGCGAGGAGCGUCAACCGGUUGGUGCUACUCUUGUCCGUGAGUCAAACAAUGGCAUACGAGCCCAUGCAAAGAUGUGGGAGGCUCUCGGCAUGUUUAAACCCAGUCGCGAAGAAGGCCUCAACCAGCUUUCUCGACUGACCGAGGCGACGUCCGAAGGGGCGGCUUGUCGAGCUAAAAUUCGCGAUGCGCUGAGUGAAAUCGAACCGGAAUUGCAGAGCUUGGGUGUCGCCUACAAUCAGUGGUACACAUCAAAUGCCAUCGAGCUCGCGGACGAGCCUAGCAAAAGCAGACCACUAUUAAAGGGGAACCCCAUCACCACGCCCCAAAUCAGCACGUUCCCAGGUAGUCGACUGCCCCACGCUCGACUGGACCUCCCGACACGGCGGAAAGUCAUCUCAACACAUGAUCUAGCAGGGAAGGCUGCGUUCUGCCUUUUGAUCGGCAUUGGUGGUGAAGCGUGGGUGAGGGCUGCUAGAAACAUUUCGAAGUCAACAGGGAUCCCCAUCAAUGUGUAUGGAAUUGGCUUUGGGCUUGACUAUGCUGACAUCUACGGUGAGUGGUAUAGUAAGCGCGGUGUUGAUGAGACAGGCUGUGUGCUGGUACGGCCCGACAGGUAUAUAGCAUGGAGGUCGCACGCACUCGUGUCAGACUGUCGAGCUCAGCUUAUGAAGGUCCUUGAGUGGGUUUUGUUCCGACACGAGCUGUAA